UGUAUAAUAAGAUCCUAUUUGAAAUUUCCUAUUUGAAGCGUAUAACAGAAUUGUCGUUUUGUGAAUUGAUACAAUAGAACGCUGAAGACGCGGUGAGUGGCGCGCCAUAUUACAAUGCCAACUUCUUCUGAGUGAAACGAAAAUGGACGCCGGAGAUUUGUGCAAAAAUAAGGGGUCUGGAUUUUUUCCUGAGCAUGGUGCUAUCUUCAUGUCCAAUAAGAGUACUUUGAAAGAAUGCUUUGAGAGGAAUUUGUUUGGGUUACCGGGUGGUUUUUCUGAUUUUAUUAAAAACGUCAAGGCAGGAAUGAUUUUGUUCCUUUUCGAAUUUGAAGAGAGGAAACUUCAUGGGGUUUUUUAAGCGAUAACAGAUGGCGGCAUGAACAUUGCUCCUCGUGCAUAUGUUUCAUCUGGAAAGCAGUUCCCUGCACAGGUUAAAUUCACCCGAAUCUUGCGCUGCGAUCCUCUUUUCGAAAAUGAGUUUUGUGAUGCUAUUCGAGAUAAUUACUUUACCAAGUACAAAUUCAACUUGGGUUUGUCUGUAGAUCAGGUUCGAAGUCUGAUGUGGCUAUUCAAUUCAAGAAAAUGUGAAGCUCCACGCUCUCUUCAUCGGAAGAAAAGGAAAACAAGAAAGUGGGAUUUUCAGAUUAUUGAAGAUGUGCUAGAGAAAGGGGGGGUUACCAACCCUCCAAAAAGGAAGCUCAUCGUGAACCAUGGUACUCCAGUAACUGCUAAGCAAGAGGUGGAAAAGCUUUCUCUGUCUCCUGAGUCUCUCGGAAAGGGGGAAAGCAUGCAUUUGGAUGUUGAUGCUUAUGAUCCUGAACACCCUGGCUUCAAUAAAUCAGUGGCAUCUGGGGCUUACUCUGCUGCCAGCUUUGAAUCGCGUGAGCUUCCUACAUUGCAAGAGAAGAAAGAAAACUUCCAUAUUUUUGAGGAUGGUAAUGAAGAUUUUAUACCCUUAUGUUCAACUGACCAUUCUGACCUUGAAGAUGGGGAGCUUGGUAAUUCUAGCGAUGGUUCAGAUGAGGAACAGAUAGAGUUAGAUAUGCUUAUUGGAAAUGAUGAUUCUUCUAUCCCUGUUCCACGAUUUCUGCUGAGUGAUAAAGAAUCUGACAAGUUAGGUGACUCUUCCUCUGAUGCUGUAAGUGACUUCCAGUCCAAAGAUGAAAGUGAUCAUUUGAAUUCCCUUCUCUCAAAGGGUAUGUACUGUGAUGAGCCCAAACAAAAAACCAGUGUGUUUUCUCGCUUAAGUGUUUCUUUGAAGGGUAUUGCUUCGAAGAAUCAGAAUGACGCCAAUAGAAAGGACUUGGUGAAUAAGAAUAACAUGUCAAGAAAAAAUAAGCAAUAUCAAUAUGAAAGCAUUAAAGAUGCCACACAACAGAGGGAAAAUGGUACAACGUAUAAAAGAGCUAGUGUGUUUCUGCGCUUAACCGGUGCUUCAGAUGCUGUUUCUCCACAGGUCCCCUCUAUGACAGGACUAUAUGUAAGAACUGGCGGCCUGAAGAAGGUUUGGUAGAAAAGUAUAUUUUCAGAAUGUAACUAAAGUUUGGUUGAAAGUGGAUCCUUUUAUUUUGUACUAAUCACAUGGAAUGCUGGCUUCAGUAUAUAAACAAGUAGCAGUUAUAAAUUUCAGUUACUUUAUUAGAAAUGAAUUUAGCUGGGUUAGGUUCUGUUAGGAACCUAUCAAUGGAAUAUAUGUUUACUGUAGAAAAGUCAAAUGAUAUUAUUUGUCAUUAUAUAUAAACAGUCUUGGACUGCAGAAAUAAAAUAAGAAAGAAUCAUUCCUCUAAUCUCUCAUAUG